UGGGCGGGAAGUGGAUCGGAACCGGCCAGGCGAGACCUGGGCUCCCCUGGCCUCUCCUUGCAGCUGGGUCUCCGAGCCACGCUUUCUAGGGACCCUGAGCACCCCCAGCCCCGUCCUCUGGGCACAGCCGGGUCCGGCCUGCAGGACCUUUAGGGCUCUGCCCCCUGACCGGAGCUGCCCCCAUCGCCCCAGCGGCCCCCCGCCAGCCUCAAUAUGCUGGACGGGCUCAAGAUGGAAGAGAACUUGCAGAGCGCCGUGGACACUGCGGGCCCGUUGUCCGCGCUGUUGGGCGGGGCGGCAAGCCCCAGGUCCGUGUGCGAGGGCUGUCGGCGGGUCAUCUCGGAUCGCUUCCUGCUGCGGCUCAACGACAGCCUGUGGCAUGAGCGCUGCGUGCAGUGCGCCUCCUGCCAGGAGCCACUGGAGACCACCUGCUUUUACCGAGACCGCAAGCUCUAUUGCAAGCUGCACUACGAGAAGCUUUUCGCGGUGAAGUGUGGGGGCUGUCUGGAGGCCAUCGCACCCAGUGAGUUUGUCAUGAGGGCACAGAAGAGCGUGUACCACCUGGGCUGCUUCUGCUGUUGCGUGUGUGAGCGUCAGCUGCAGAAGGGGGAUGAGUUUGUGCUGAAGGAGGGCCAGCUGCUGUGCAAGGGAGACUAUGAGAAGGAGCGUGAGCUGCUCAGCCUGGUUAGCCCAGCUGCCUCUGAUUCCGGCAAAAGUGAGGAUGAAGACAGCCUCUGCAAAGCCACGCAUGGGCCAGGAAAGGGCACCCCUGAGGAUGGCAAGGACCAUAAGCGCCCUAAACGCCCCCGCACCAUCCUGACCACCCAACAGAGGCGGGCGUUCAAGGCCUCCUUCGAGGUCUCUUCCAAGCCCUGCAGGAAGGUGAGGGAGACACUGGCUGCGGAGACAGGGCUGAGUGUUCGAGUGGUCCAGGUGUGGUUCCAGAACCAGAGAGCCAAGAUGAAGAAGCUGGCCCGGCGGCAGCAGCAGCAGCAACAAGACCAGCAGAGCACCCAGAGACUGAGUUCUGCUCAGACAAAUGGAGGCAGUGGGGGCGGGAGCAUGGAUGGCAUCAUGAAUCCCUACACAACACUGGCUGCCCCUCAGCAGCUCCUUGCCCUGGAGCAGAGUGUCUACAGCUCCGACCCCUUCCGGCAAGGCCUCACGCCACCCCAGAUGCCUGGAGACCACAUGCACCCCUAUGGUGCCGAGCCCCUGUUUCAGGACCUGGAUAGUGAUGACACCUCCCUCAGCCACCUGGGUGACUGCUUCCUCGCCACCUCAGAGACUGGGCCCCUGCAGUCACGGGUGGGAAACCCCAUCGACCACCUGUACUCCAUGCAGAAUUCCUACUUCACUUCCUGAGCCAUCACCAUCUGGUGCUCUGUGGCUAGCCAGAACAGCCCACUAUGGGCAGGGAGUCGGCAGCCUGGGAGGAAGGUGGGCUGGGAGGGAGUCCACUUGGGGAAGGUUAUGUUGUUGUAUAAGACAUGCUGUAGCUGGGUGUUCCCAAAGACUGAAUACAUGGCAGAUUGCAGAAUCCA